AAUUCUCUAUUCACCACUAUGAAUCAGGGAGCAUCAAACUUUUCCAAAUUAGUUCAAGAAGAUGCGUCGAAGCGAACCUCCACUACAGCUGCAGUUUCCAAUGCAUCCAUUGAUGACACGAAAAAGGAUAUCAUUGUUACCUCCACAGCCCCAAUAUCUAUGGGUCUUUUACCGACUCAACUAAUAACUGUUCAGCUCAAUAACGUGAAUUCUAAGCCAAUGGAAAAGCUAACCGCUGCGCCAAUUUUUACUAAUGCCCUGAGGGGUCACAACAUACCUGUUCCGAUUCUUGCCAAACCGGUUAAUCCCAGCAUCUCUCGAAGACGAAUCGGUAACACAGGCCAGGACACAUUGACGUUGCAGUGUCAAAAUUUUAAUCGCUUUCGUCACAAAUGCUCUCAAACUGACGAAUCGGUUCCUCAAACUGAUUUAUUAAUUGAAACCAUAAACAAGAUUGUAUAUAAACUGAAUGAAAUGAACAACAAGUUGACCUCGGUUCAGUCAAAAGUAGCUUCUUUGGAGGAGAGAUUCACCACAGUAUAUGGCGAUGGUAGCCUCCUUUCAUUCUCCGAUUCAUACAAGUUUGGAAGUGGUGACAGAAUUGGCAAUUUUUCGCGAGGUAGAGGCUCGCUAAUGCUACGCAACUCUCGGUAUUGGGCCAAAAGGCGCCUGGCUUCUCGCUUGUUAGCUGAAAAGCAACAACAGCAAGGGAAUGGAGUAAAGAAUGAAGGUACUGAGAAUACUACAGAAACUCCAAAUCCAUCAUCUGUUCUAGUACCUCGCAGCGUUGCAGCUGUGCGUCGAAAUCGACGCGUUCUAUCUGAUAGUAAAGACGAGGAUCAUAAUGGUGCUGGAACCCAGGCGAAAGUCGCAAAACUUCUGAUGGACGCACGAAGGGAAAUGGCUGCGUAUGAGAAAGAAUGCCUUGAAAUGCAAAACUCGAAUUCAAUGUCUGGUGGAAUCUCUAUGGCUCCUUUUUCCGGAGCUCUCAGACCGAUUCAACUAAUUACUCAACCCGCAUAUCUAACUGGCUUUCGAGUGGAUUCUCCGACCUUGCCACCCAUCCUACCGCUGUUAUCUUCAUCCGUUCUGGAUACAUCAGCAACAACACCGGCAGUUACACUUCCAUUACCACCAUUGAAUACGUCUAUCUCAGAGUCUACCGAGCAGACGGUUAAUAGCACCAAUGAAGAAGAUUCUAUUCAAACUAAUGCAAACUCCGUAACCAACACAUCAACCCCAUCUCCCACAUCAUCUACUCCAACUCCUCAACUUCCACCCAUUCCUCCCAAAUAUCGCCGACCUAUGCUCCUGGACACAUCGGAGAUUGCUCGUCAAACGAAAGAUAUGUUGCUGAAAUGCUCUAUCAGUCAGCGAUCAUUUGGACAAAAUGUUUUGGGUUUAUCACAGGGCAGUGUGUCAGAUUUGCUCACUAGACCCAAACCCUGGUCUAUGCUCACAAAUAAAGGAAGAGAGCCCUUUAUUCGCAUGAAACUCUUCCUUGAGAACCCCCGCUCACUUAAUGGAUUUGAGUACAGUAAGCAUGUUCUUCAGAUUGUUUGUUUUGUUAAAAAUACACUCUGA